AUGUACAACAAAUUAAUUCCGAAGCCGGUUUUCUUAAAAAUUAAAGCCGGAUCAUUCGGGCAAAAAGAUCUUUACGAUUUCGAUCAUAAAUGCGGAUUACCGCCUCCCGAUGAUUUGGUGGAACGUUACAUUUGCAGCGGAAUUUUCGUUAAAUGGAGAAGAAAAUUAAAGAACCUUGUGAUUUGUAGCGAAAGAAAUGCCCGAACAAAGCUCUUUUUCAAGUCCAGCAAUGCGAUUUUCAACCAAAAAUAUAAACACUUGGAGUUCGAUUUUAACAUGAUCCAUCCGUUUAGUAUCGGAAGGGCUUAUUGGGAAUUUUUCAUGUUUUUCGUUUUUAUUAUAAUGUUGAAUUACAUUCCUUUGCAUAUUUGUUUAACGCACAGUAGUGUUUACAUAUGCCCAUAUCGAUUAUUGAUGGAUAUAUUUUGCUAUAUAGAUAUGGGGAUGAGUUUUUCCACUGGAUAUCAACAUCCAUUAACGAAGAAAGUUAUUAUGAAAAGAAAAUUGAUUACGAAGCAUUAUUUUGGUUCUUGGUUCAUGAUAGAUUUAUUAAGUUCGAUAAAUCCUGAUAUAAUCAUCUAUAUUAUCCAUGCUUACACUGGUAAAUUAGUUUGGCAGAUCAAAAUAUUAUCAAUGUUUAAAAUAUUUAGGAUCAGCACCGUUUUAUUAUAUCUAACAAGAUUAAAAGAGUGGUUCCAAAUCAAUUGGUUCAUCUAUCAAAUGGUUAAACUUGCCAUUAUCAUCCUAAUAAUGAUUUUAUGGCACGCCUCUGUUUUAUUCUUAGCGGCGUAUCAUUUAAAGGAAGUUUGGAUUGUGGAAGAUUGUGUUUAUCACAGCUUUAAAACGGUCAUUUCAAGAACUAUUGGUUGUAUUUUAAUAAUUGGAGAAAAAGGCAAUCCAUCUACCUUAAUGCUGAUAAUCAUUUUAGAGGUUGCCUUCACUGUAAUCGGAUGGAUCUAUCGAAUCAUCAUAACGACUCAAAUUACUUUAUUAGUAUUAAAAGUGAAUCCAAUUGGUGCGAAUCACGCCAAGUUAGUCCAAGAAUUUGAGGAGUACGUAGUCACAAAGAAAUUACCCAAACUUGUGAAAAAACGAGUUUUGAAUUAUUUGGAAUUUAAGUUCCACGGAAAGUUUUAUAGAGAAGUCGUUAUUUGGAAGACUUUAUCCAACAGUUUAAAACAAGAAAUUAAUUUAUUUAUUUGUAGAAAACUUUUAAAUUCGUUGUUUAUAUUCCACAAUUUGCCCAUGGAAAUCGUCAUGAAAUUAAGUAACAACUUUAAACACGAAAUCUAUCUACACAACGAUGUAAUAAUCCAAGCAAAUACACCAGCAGAAGAGAUUUUAUUCAUUGUCACUGGAAUGGCAGCUAUUUACAAUGAAUCACAAAAGGAAAUCAAUCAUUUUUUAGCCGGCGAUUGUUACGGCGAUUUUAAUCUCUUCGUAAACGCACCAAUUGCCGAAGAAACGAUCGUUGCAAUCGAUUGUUGCGAAAUUUAUUCCAUAAAGUACAAAGAUAUCAAAAAAAUUAUGCUUCCGUAUCCAGAGAUUUGGGCGAAAAUAUGCAAGGUUGUUAGAACCGACAUAAUCGAUCCGUUGCGGUUAUUAGAUUCGUCUGGUUCGCUUAAGAAACUUAGAGGAACUAGUGAUAUAACUUAA